AUGCCAGUCACUGAUAAAUACGAGGUGAAUUAUGGAACUUGGGCAAUUGCAACAGCAGCAUUUCCUGGAUUAUUUACAGCAUUAGAAUAUUUUGAUCCUAAUAAUGGGAAACAUUUCACUAGACCAAAUGGUGGUAUUUUAAGAGUAACUACAAUUAUGGGAUUUAUUGGUGGUUUUAUAAUUGUUUAUAAUCAUUCAACCAAAAGAUUUUGGGGUGUUAGUGAAAAUUCAAGAGAAGUUAAAUUAGAUAGAUAUGAAAUUAAAUCAAAAUUAAGUAAAGGAGAAUUCCCAUAUGGUACAUCAACUUUAACACCAAAUUUACAAGAUGUUGCAGCAAGAAAUUCUAAAAAUUCACAAUUAUUUUUAGGUAUUAUUCCAUGGUUUAAUUUAGUUAGUCAUCCUCAUCAUGAUGUUGAUUUAAAGAAAUAUUAUGAAGUCAGACCUGGUGAAGAAGAAUGGGGGUUUAAAUUACCUGAACAUGAAGAAUUGAAGAGAUUAUCAUCAACUGCCAAUUGGAGUGGUGUUUGA